UUAGGAUUGGUCAGGGAAGGUGUCCUGGACAGAGUAUUUGAGGGGAAGGAUUUGGAAGGAUGGGAGAUUAUAGGGCUGGGUAGACUGCACAGCAGAGGAGAGAGAGAAAUAAAAUGGGAAAGCCAUGGAAACACAGGCUUGGGCAGUAAUGGGAAAUGGAAGUGUCUCAAAGCCACUACUAAAGAGUUGUCAGCAAAAUAAAUAAAUAAAUAAAUAAAUAAAUAAGAAUAAAGUUGUUAGCAGAUUCCAGAAGUGCCUCCUUGGAUGUUCUAGAUACUGUCCUUUGAGGGCUGCAAAGAAGAGCUCCUUGGGCAGCAGGAGGACUAGAAAUGGUCUUUUUUCAUUUAAUACCCUCAGGUGAGCUUCGAGAUUGGGGAAUGGUUGAAGCUCCUUGAUUCGCAGUCCUGUUGGGAAAAGUCUUGUCGAUGAACUUUUGGAAGGGUGCUGCCCUUGAAGGCUAGCGGCCAGGACCUCUGAGGUCCUUAAUGAGCCUGGUCUCUCCUAAAGCCUUCUUGAUUUUGCUCUGAUGUAAGGAAUAAACUACAACCCCCAGAGUCACUUAGGGCUAACUUAGCACGCCUUCCGGGGAUUUGAGUAUUUCCGGCGGAAGUUGCCGCCGCUACGCCAAUCUCCUUCCCUAAGCAAAGUAGACUACAAUUCCCUCUGUCCUCCGCGCCCGGGGGCGGGGAAGGGAACCGGAAACCGGAUGGAGAGCUGAACCAGGCUGAGGUCAGAGAACAGAUUGAUGGAUCAAGCUGUUCAGUCAACCCCUGAGGUCCCUUCUGGGAGAAGAGGUUGAGAGGGAGAAGAACCCUGACCCCUGCCCUAUGGGAGGCCCAAACAGGUUGGAAACGUCCAGAGCCUGGCAAGCCCUCAGAAACAAGCAGAAUGCCAAGUGGACAGCUGAACCUUGAGUGAACUCAGGCUGUAGAAAUGGAGAAUUCAUCGGGAAAGACUCCGAGGUAGAAGGUAGUUUUAAACAGGAUUGGAAAAGAUAGAAUGGACAGAGCUGAGCAGGUGUUUGUUGAUUACCUAAUAAAAGCUAGGAUCUUGAAGAUAUAGAGGGAAACUGAACAGGGCACCCUAGGAAGUUGGUUUAAAAUACAGAUUCCCAGGCCUCACACCACACCUUCUCAUGUGUGGGGUGGGACUGGGAAGCCACGGCAAAUGCCAGUGUCCUGAGGUGGGAAGGGACCAAUGGGAUCUCUGGAGCUGCAUCUUGCAGGUUGGGGUACGAUUUGGAUGUGUGGAGAGGCAGAGGGGUCACAGUCCUGGUUGAUUCAAAGAGUGUGUCUGGUCGGAUUUGAAGAGAUGGCGUGUGCAGAGUUUUGGGAGUUGGGGUAGGAAAGGCAUUUUGAAAGCGUGAGUGGAAUGGUCAGGCUGGAACCCUGGGUUUGCGGGGGAAUUGUGAGAAGGAAGAUUGGGAAGAAUUGCCUUUGUAGGCUGUAGAACUUGCCGGAGUGCUCCCUCAGCCUCCUCACCCCCAUCUUCCCCCUUUCUCCUCUGCUUCUCCACUUCCUCCCCACCCCCCCUACCCCCACAUCCCUUAUGUUACUAUUAUUGAGUGGAUAUUAUUAUUCUUAGUAUUUGGAUGAGAAAACCUGAAGCUCUGGCCAUGGUUACAUGGUUGUAAGAGUCUAUUCUGAGUCUGGUAAUCAUCCUACUCACCACUGAGAAUUCUUGACUGUGGGCAAGAAGCUGGGCUGGGUUUGGGUGGGUGGGGGGGGGGGUUGUUGGAUGAGCAGGGUGGCUGACUGAACCGUCUCAGGCAAGAGGAGAUGGGUGGUUAAGAGCGUAGCCUUGAGCCAGACAGAUUGGGUGCAGAUUUCAGCUUCCUUACUUGUUAACCGCAUGACCCUGGGCCAGUUACUUGGUCUUACUAAGCCUCAGUCUUCUCACCUGUAACAUGGGAGCAAUAAUAGUCCCCUCAUGGGGUUGUUAGGGGGACCAAUGAGGUGUACCUGGCACAGAGCAAUUGCUCACCACCUGGAAGCGAUUGUAAUUAGCCUCCUGUAAUUAGUCUCCGGGCUCUGGCUGUGCACCUGCAUCUCAUUCUUCAGCACAUUGGUUUUCAGGACACAGCCCAUCCUGGCUACGCUUGUUUUAUUAAGGGUGACAUUAGAGGCGCUGGAAGUUUGCCACCAGUAAAUAUAUGCUGAACACCUACCAUGGGUCUGGCAUGGCCUAGGAACUAGUGACUCAAGACCUAUGCCUGAUGGAAAGGAGGUUUGGAGUUUGGAGUGGGGGACGAUGGCUUAGUCUAACCAGGUGGCAGUGAUAUGGCUUUGCCCCAGGCUUAUCCACUGGGGCCCCUCCAUGAACCUGCGAGUGCCCUAAUGGAGCCCCAGCCUUGCCCUCAAAACUUGGCUGAAGGCUUCCUGGAGGAGGAGCUUCGGCUCAGCGCUGAACUGAGCCAGCUGCGGUUCUCAGAGCCCGUGGGCAUCAUCUACAAUCCUGUGGAGUAUGCGUGGGAGCCACACCAUAGCUAUGUGACCCGCUACUGCCAGGGCCCCAAGGAAGUGCUGUUCCUGGGCAUGAACCCAGGACCCUUUGGCAUGGCCCAGACCGGGGUGCCCUUUGGGGAAGUGAACGUAGUCCGGGACUGGUUGGGCAUCGGGGGGCAUGUGUUGACCCCUCCCCAAGAGCACCCUAAGCGACCAGUGCUGGGACUGGAGUGCCCUCAGUCAGAGGUGAGCGGUGCCCGGUUCUGGGGCCUUUUCCGGAAACUGUGUGGACAGCCUGAAGUCUUCUUCCGUCACUGUUUUGUCCACAAUCUGUGUCCUCUGCUCUUCCUGACCCCCAGUGGGCGCAACGUCACUCCCGCUGAGCUACCUGCCGAGCAGCGAGAACAGCUUCUUGGGGCCUGUGACGCGGCCCUCCGCCGGCAGGUGCAGCUGCUGGGGGUGCGGCUGGUGGUGGGAGUGGGGCGGCUGGCAGAGCAGCGGGCACGGCGGGCUCUGGCAGGCCCGAUGCCUGUGGUCCGGGUGGAGGGGCUCCUGCACCCCUCACCUCGUAGCCCUCAAGCCAACAGGGGCUGGGAGGCUGUGGCCAAGGAGAGACUGAAUGAACUGGGGCUGCUGCCGCUGCUAAUGAAAUAAGUGCCCACGUGGCCCGGCACGGGACACGUUCAAGGUCCCCAAGUCAUUCUGGGGCAAGCCACGUGCUUCCUGGACCGGAGCAACAGAGUCUUCCCGGGCUCCCUCCCUGGUUGCUGGGACCUGGCGUGGCCGUUUUGACACUACUCUGGCUUGCUGCUUCCUUCACCUUCCUUCCAGCACUGCCUCUGGUCGUGUGGUAACCAACUCCACAGAGACCUGCCAUCUGCAAACUGCUCUACCUCAGUGUUCCCUUGGGAGCCUCUGGUCAGCUGAGAGUGACUUCUGAGGUCGUGUUUGCUGUGUUAGAGAAAAGAUCCUGCCAGGAUCCCCACCCGUCCUCAUAGAACAGCUUCCUUCAAGCUGAGCCUUUUCCUCACAGGGACCAGGACAAAGCGAGAGGCAUGGAUGUUAAGAGGAAACUUCCCCACGGGAGACUGAGGCUGGGUCAGAGAAAGAAUUCAGUGUGGCAGAGUGGGGAAAGACCAGAAGACCCGGAUUUUCAUCUCGGCUUUGAGACUUUACGGCUUUGGGCAAAUCAGUGAACCUCUCCAAGCCUCAGGAUCCUCAUCUGUAAAACGAGGAUCCCUAACUCAUGCGGUUGGUGUGGGGAUUAAGUGAGGGAACACUUGAAAGUGGCUUGCGUAGUGCCAGGCAGGUGGGUGCUUGUUAAUCUCGCUUUCUUGCCUCUUGGGUGGGGCAUUGCUAUAUCACACUACAGCGGGAGCUCCUGCGCUCUGCAGACCUUGCUGGGUGAGGGGCAGAUUCUUGCUCUGCCUGAGAUGGACCAGUCACUUCAUGAAACCCCCAGCCUGUGAUUUUUAGUCUAAGCAUGAAAAGUUCCUAAA